GCCAUCUGGAAUCAGACAUCCCAUCGUAUUGGCCUCGCUCCCCUAUCGUACCCCCGUUUCGCCUCCCCGAACGAGGCGACCGGGGCGGCCCUCUCUGCCCCACCUCUCCGACCUCCGUGGCGCCCCCCCUCUUGCCGUUGCCGCCGGCUUGGGCAGGUGGGCUUGGCGGCGGUGUGGCUCGGCUGAUUGCGCUUCGGCACGGCCUGGAUGGCGCUUUGAGCGGGCAGUGGCCGGCGACACCCCGCAAGCCCAGAUCUAAGCCCUUUUGAGCCUGAUUUGGGUUAGGGCGGGCCGGUUAGGGUUGUGACGGGUCGUCUUAUGCUGGUCCGGCGAGCACCUCGCGAUGGGGCUCCAUUGCGUUGCAGAGCGUCAUCCAGAAGAGAGAGCGGAGUGGAGCAGAGGGGAUGCCCGGAGCCGGGGAAGACGAAUCAGCUCCCCCUCCUCCUUCUCCACUAGUAGAUCAGAAGCAGCCCGUGGAACAGGCGGCGGCGGCGGCGGGAAGGCUGGGCAGGUUGGAGCACCACCACGGCGCCGCCGACGCGCUGUCCUUCCGGAUGGAGGACCUUCCCGCGGAGGUUCAACCUGUUAUAAUGUCACUGCUGCCACGGAAAGAGGCCGUGAGGACAAGCAUUGUUUCAAGGAGUUGGAGAAUGCUCUGGACAUUCCACUGUGAUCUAUAUUUUGAUGGUCCCACUCCCAAUGAUCUGGAUUCUGACACCGAUGACGAGUUCGCUGGUCAGGAUACUACCAAAAUGAAACGAGCAAAGUUCAUUGAGACUGUAAAUUCUGUUAUUCAACAGCAUAGUGGGAUAGGAAUCAAUAAGUUCAGCGUCAGGUGCGGCAUGCACAAAGAGUACACUGAUCAUCUUGACAGGUGGAUUGGGUUUGUCACUUCAUCUAAGGCAAAGAUAAUACAUUUUAAUCUGAAGAAAACUUAUCAGCCAUUCGAAUUUCACCACUUCCCUCUCGAGGCCUUGGAUUCACAAGGUUGCUUAUUUGUGCAGUCCUUAUUUCUCGCCGGUGUUUCUAUAAAGCCAAACUCAGGAAUAUCCGGCUUCACAAUACUCAGAAGGCUUGUUCUGGAAUUUGUUAAGAUAUUAGGAGAUUUUCCAGGCUUGCUAGCAAAAUGUUCAGGACUUGAGGACUUAGAGAUCAUCGGGUGCUAUGGUGUGGACAACUUAAUAGUACCACACAAACUCGAUAAACUUCAACAUUUGCUGAUUGCCGGAAUGGACAUCCAGAUGGUUGAGUUUCAUGCUACUGAUCUUGCUCAUUUUGAGUACAAAGGGCGAGUGAUCCCUAUAGUCCUUCAUGGUUGCUCGAAACUAGAGAAGGCAACAAUGAAGUUUAAUGGCACUAAAGCACUAGCACAUGCAUUCACUGCAGUUCCAAGCAUUUUGCCAGUGAAGACAUUACAUCUGCAAGCUUUCAUAUCAAAAUAUGCACAGUUGCAGAAGCUGCCAACAGGACAACAGGGAAUGUUUUUGCAGUUGAGGCAUAUGACUUGUCAAUUAAUUGUCAACUCUAACGACCCAAAUGGUGAUAAUGGAAUUCUUCAACUGGCCAAUUGUUUGAAUGUUGCACCCGGACUGGAGACAUUGCACUUGCAUAUGUUGUAUGUGAUAUCCAGUGGUUACUCCAGCAGUGAGGUGGCGGGUAUGCGCCGCCAUGAUCAUCUCAAGACGGUCUUCAUGAGCGGUUUUCGAUGUUACAAGGCUCAGAUUGAGCUGGCAUGCUGUAUCUUAAGAAAUGCUUCUGUUCUUGAGCAGCUGAUAAUAGAACCAAGGAUUACAGACAAAGUAUGGGCGGGUGAUUGUUCCGAGUGGAAUACUGACCUUGGCGAAAUCUUACCAGGGGUCUGUGAGUGGGCACAGGUCACCUCAGAGCGCUUCGGUAAGCAACGGAGGCUUCUUUGGCCCAGCAAGACGCAGGAUCUCUUCUGCACCAUCAUUAGCGAGUGUCGUCAUUGCCUGCAGAUUUUAGUAGAUCGGAGUGGGAUGCUAUUUCCCCUGGUGUUUGUUACCUUUUGCUGUAAUGAUGAAAAGCUGGGAAGAAGUAAAUCUUUAUUUUCGACAAAGGAUGGAUUUUAUUACUCAAAAGGGAAGAAGUAAAGCUGUCACUAGGUUUUGCCUAUCCGGGUGAAAAAUGAAAUACCUCUUGAAAGUGUAUGCUAAGCUAUCAAAUCUUCAAGCCAUAAAAAAGAUCUGCAUAAAUUUUGCUACCUGCCAUCUUAGCCUGGGAAAAUGCCAACCAAAAUCCUGGGUGGGUGGGCUGCACUGCUCGCCGGCGACGCCGUUUCUGCAAAUGCCAAGGACAGCUGCUGCCGCUGUCAUGAGGUACCAAAACCAAACCAGAGGAUCUAAAAUUAAUUGUAAACCAAUGCCUUUUUUGCCUGGCAACCAAUGUUUGAAGAAAUUUGAGGUUAUAUCAGAGGCCUUUCUUGUC